UAACUGGACGAAGGCCGAGUUAGUUACGACAGAUGUCUCAAACAGGUGAAGCGUUUCUUAAUGCGGACUACUGGAACAGCGUCAGUCGAUCGGCGUCACCGCACCGCUUGAGUCAGUGUGCAACCAUCGAAACGUGCGUAUCGAUUGGGUGCCUGUAGAACGUGAACGUGUGACCACGGCUUUGGAGGCGCCGAGUUGUCGGCUUGAGGCUGAGCCCGUCGUGAGUUUUCAGCUUCAUUCACAACCCUCAUGACGUAAAGCGAAGUUCGGGAUGAAGAGCAGUCCAGAAACAACUGUCAUACACGUAAACGAAUCGAGCACUGGCGAGGCAUUUGCUGUGACAGCAGGCAGAGCGGCUGCUUCCUCGUAUCGCAUCAGGUGGUCGAUGGCGACGACUAUCCAAUGGUUUCCGGAAGCCGUGCUCGGAAGGGAUCUGUACAGGUAUACAGCCCUUCGCAGAUGGAAAUCAGCCCGGCCGCGGGAACCGGUCCGCGUCUGUCUGCGGGGCAGAGAACGAGUGUGCGGGAAGACACCACAGCGCGUGUCGCUGCCAGUUUCCCGGAACUUUCCGUAUGUUCGACCGCCCCGCUUCCUAAGGCGGUUGAAGACAGACUACACGCAACUGAAAGCUCCCGAUGACAUCGACAACAUGACGAGCCAGUUGAUCGACGGCUCGUACUCGCCGACGAAAGACGUCAUGCCGAACCCGUUUCAUUACCGUAUCCACCUCACCCGGGCCGACAAGAUCAAGGUGGCCCUGAUGUCGGUGUUCGUGGUUCCGGUACGCAUCGUGUUAAUCAUAUUCUUCCUGCUGCUCACCUGGUUGGGCUGCUACCUGGGUCAGCUUGGCCUUUCGCACAAGGACCGCACAGGGAAGCCACUCACGGGAUUCCGCAGGGCCAUCCAAAGCGCGUCCCGAGAGUGCGUGCUCAUGUGCGUGCGCUCCGCUGGCUUCGUGCUGCGGACGGUGGGGCGGGCCGCGUCCGCCCACGAGGCUCCCAUCCUGGUGGCCGCGCCGCACUCCUCCUUUUUCGACACGGUGGCCGCCAUGCACGGCAACCCGGUACCUUCGGCCGUCGUGCGCUCCAAGAGCAAGGGCAUGUUCUUCCUCGGCAAGCUGAGUGUUCGCGUGCUUCCCUACCUUGGUAUGGGUGUGUUUUGUGACUGUGGAAAGGCUGCGCCUAAUAGGCCGCGGGCCCUCGCUGUGUGCCCGGCAGCCAUCUUGAACUUCACUCAGCCCGUGUACGUGAAGCGGAGCGACCCAAACUCACGCCAGAACACUGUGCGUGAGAUCACCCGCCGUGCUACUUCUAAGGAGCCUUGGUCCCAGGUGAUCAUCUUCCCGGAGGGCACCUGCACUAACCGUUCCUGCCUCAUCACCUUCAAGCUGGGUGCCUUUGUUCCCGGAGUCCCAAUCCAGCCUGUUCUCAUUCGGUACCCAAAUGAACUGAACACCCUCAUAUGGACAUGGGAUGGCCCCUCUGCCUUUGAGACCUUAUGGUUGACCUUGUGCCAGUUACGAACGCACAUGGAAAUUGAGUACCUUCCUGUCUAUGUUCCAAGUGAAAGGGAGAAGAAAGACCCCAAGCUUUAUGCUGAAAAUGUUCGGUGCUUGAUGGCCAAGGCCCUGCGAAUCCCACUUUCAUCAUAUUCAUAUGAUGAUCUUAAACAGACGGAUGUGGACGACAGUGCUCGUGUGAAGACAGUUGUGUGCAAUCGCCUGCAGCAGCUCAUCAGUAGGAAUUGCAUCCAGUUCCGAGAUAUGAGCGACGUGAUUCUCAAAGUGAAAGCUGCCAUAAAAAACCGUGAGAGCUCAAGGGUGAGCUUUUUAGAGUUUGUUGCUAUCCUUGGAGUGCCCUCAGACCACAUUUCCAAGAACAUGUUUGAGGCUCUUGAUAUAGAUCAAACCAGGAAAGUGGACUUGCGUGCUGUCCUGGCUGCUUUCUGGUUGGUUCACAAGUCUGAAAGGCAUCAGACCGAAAAAGCUUUUAAGGCAUUUUGUGAGGGUAGCAGUGGAAUACGUUUGGAGGACUUUGCACAACUUAUCUGGAUUCUUCUUGCACUCCCAAAGUCUGCAGCCAUGUCAAUGUUUCAGAAGAUUGACACUGCUGCCCUGGGGCAAAUUAACUUUGAAGACUUCAAGGAAUUCAUUUCGAUGACAAAAUGGGCUGAUAUCUUGGCGUCACCAUUGGGCAACAGUGACUUACGAGAUGGAAACAAGUGUGUGCCAAGCAAAGAAGAGUGAUAAGGGACAGUUGCCGUGACUGUAGAUACACACUGUGUUUGUUUUCUUUUGUGAUUUUUAUUGUUUUUAACCAAGAACUGCCAGUUCUCUUUUAGUCAGAAAUUUUCAAAUGUCGUUCGUUUCACUCGGUGUAAGAUAUUUAUAUUUUUUAUUGUGAGAGACCAUUUCCUGCAGAGAGCAUUGCCACUAUGGUCCUUGGAGCCUAGUGCUAGCCACUUAGCAAUGUGGUGGACUUCCUUACAUGGGACCAGAUGCCAUGGGUGCUGGUUUUUAGUCUGUCCCCAUUUUGCUUAGUGGAAGCAGUGUAACACAGCAUUGCACUUAGUUUUAAUAUAUGUUCUAGGUAUAUAACGAGCUCCACCCGUGACAAAAAUGGCUGUAAGUGGUGCACUUACAAGUAAUGCGGCCAAAGCACGCAGUGAGGCUGGAAGGAAAUACUGCUUGUGCAGCUUUUGCUUGCUGUUCAGCCCAGUUGGCCUUGUAAACUCACCUUUGUAAAAGUGAUUGGUAGACCUUUCUAGUGUUGGGUGUUUUGCCUCGCAGGGCUUUUCACCUAGCUAUUUGUAUUUGGAUGCCAUCUUCUAAGAUUGAUUGAUAAACAAGCAAUUUUUUGGUGAUGCUGUGCUUUAUAGCACUUGCAGAUGCUCUGAGCUUAGCUUCAGUUUCGAAACAGCCAUAUUUUACUACUGUUUACAUCUUGGAAGCUAUACCAUUACAGCCUACGCUAUAUACCAACAUCCUUUUUAUAUGUUGUGGAACUGAGUGUAGUGUAUAGCACGGCUUGGUAUUGCGCGUGCAUAAGAAGGAAUGCAAUGGAAGUAGCAGCCCAGCAUACUUCUUCAUUUGCACACCAAUUGUGUAGCCAUACUGCAAACUUUGCCCUUGAAUGAUACUUGUAGCCAUGGCUGAUGUUAGCUGAUGGCUGCCUUUAAGCCUCUUUGCUUUGUCUCAAUUCAGGGAGCUCACUCAUGCUGCAAGUUAGUGACCUGCCUGAAUAAUACUGACGUGUUUUGUGAAUUCUAACAUCAAAUAAUUGAGGCUUUGAAAGACUUUGCAAAAAUAAGUGCACUAUGAGCAUCAUGAAAUAGGUUUUUGCUUUCAAUGUCUUGUUGUUCAUGUUUGUAGAUCUUUUUUAUCUAUUGAAAACAUGCAGUAGAUGACAAAUGCGGAAGUGUGCAAAGUUCAUUUGGGCUCUAAGGUAUGCCUGAAAAAGAAAAUGCUAUGUCACAUGCAGUUGCAUUAUCACAUUGCAGAUCACAGAAAGCUACCCCUGAAUAAAAAUUUGCUAGGUGUUUGAACUUCUGCACCUAAGCUCUUGUGUCACUUGCUUCUGGAGAUGUUUGCUGCAGAUGUGCAUGCUUGCUAUCAGUGUGUAUUAUAUGGGAAGAGCUUGAAAAAGUGCAGUCGCUGAAGGAUUGUUUGAAUAAUGUGCAGCAGGACCUUAAUGAAUGCAUAUAGCGUUCUUCAGAUGGAACCAGACCAGGUGAUCUUUCUUGCACUGUCGUUGGAAAGCCUGUAUGCUGCUUAGCUCAAGCUGCCUUGGCUCAAGCUAUGGUUGAUGUAAAUGUUAUUGCUGUUUGUUGUCUCAUACUUUGACUGCUUUACAUAGGAUUGGCAAAGGCUGCAUGGAUGAAUGUUGUGACUUUGUCAAGCCCAUUCAGUAGCUUUUAGGCUGAUUCUGGUGUGAUGAAUCUUGGCCAAAUUUGGCAGAAAAUGUCAGCUUGUAGCUUAUCCUUGUCCCAGUUGUUUUUAUCAACUGAGAGGGAUCUUUUAUGCCCAUAUUUUUGUACUAGCAUUCAUCAUUGGUGUGCAUGGAAGCAAAUGCAUAUACAGGAUCUUUUGUUUCAGUGUCAGUGGCUUUAUGUUUAUUAAUGAGAUAUGCUUUGUUUCACUUAAAUUUGCUGAUUAAUUUUGUUGUGACUAUAGUGUGGAUGAUGACACAGUUAGCUCAUAAUUUUUUAACAUCAUACAUGUUCAUUGUCUGCUAAAAACUUGUUUGCAUUAGGUAUUUGAUGUCUGUGAAGUUGUAAUAUGAUUGUUAUUUGUAAAGUAUGACAAAUUGGGAAAAGUUGUAAUACUACUGAUUUCUUAUUUAUGUCUUUACCAGUCUGCAUGCAUUAUUGUAUGGAAUUCACUUGUCUGAAUGUGGUAUGAAAAGUAAUUAAAAGUAAUUCAACAUAAA